CAAGCUUAAAGUCCGGGUUAAACGUACAGCUAUCCAAGCAAAAAGAGCUCGCUGGAUUCGCCAUGUCUUACGUAAACGGAGAAGUUGAGCUUGGGGAGCCUUCCACAACUUCCUCACAAGUUGCUCUCACAGAGAUCGGCUUUAAACCGAACCGCGCCAAGUUAGAAAAAAUUCUUAUAGUGUUGGCUCUUGUCUUGUUUAUUUUGGUUGCGGUAUUUGUGGGCCUGUAUGCCUACGAAAAGGCGAAGGAUGCCACUAGCGGCGGGAAGGAACCAACAGGGCAAGGAAAGCCAACAAGCCCCCCAGUGUCCCCCUCAACAAAGCCUGGUGUAUGUCUUACAGAGGGAUGCAUCCUUGUAUCUGGAAGUAUUCUCAAAUCCAUGAACAAGUCUGUGGAUCCGUGCGACGACUUUUAUUCAUACGCUUGCGGUGGAUGGUUGGCAAGUAACCCCAUCCCAGACACUAAGACAUCAUGGAGUCAGUUUAAGAUUCUAAACAARMGAAAUGAGGCCUUGAUGAGACAAAUGAUCCAGGAUCCCGAUCUACGAGCAAAGUAUAGCUCAAACGAAGCUGUGAAAAAGGCUUUUGACUAUUUCGACGCAUGUAUAGAUGAGGCAAAGAUUGAAAGUUUGGGGGCGAAACCAUUGCAAAAACUUAUAAAGGACUUUGGAUCGUGGAAUGUUACUGAUAASAACUUUAACGCGUCGGCUUGGGAUUUCAUGGGUACCUUUGUCAAGAUYCAAAAAUAUCUUUCRAUUGCGCCUCUUUUCAACAUGUUCGUGGCGACAGAYUUAAAAGAAUCGACUAAGAAUAUCAUUGUGAAGAAGUUGUCAUCUACGCUUUGAGUUACAUGAAAAAUGUCUCCAAAGUUUUCGAGGAGACUGACAAGAGAAUCGUUGCUAAUUACAUGAUGUGGCAUGUCGUCAUCACGUACUCCUCCYUGCUGUCCUCKGAGUUUAGAGCCCUAUUCGAYCGACACAGACAGACAUCCUUUGGAACAAAAGGCAAAGACCCACGUUGGCAGACUUGUAUGGGAAGUGUACAGGAUGCUUUUGGCAUGGCUAUAGGACUUCUCUUUAUUGACAAACAGUUUAGUGGAGAAAGCAAAACGUCGGCUGAGGAUAUGAUACGAGCCAUUAGGAAAGUCUUUAUCAACAACCUCGUGGACAUUGAAUGGAUGGACCGGGAAACCAAGAAUGCAGCCGAAGAGAAGGCCCAAGCGAUAAGGGAGAAUAUUGGAUACCCUAACUACAUCACAAAUGCAACUGCUCUGGCGGAGAAAUACAAAGGCUUCGAUGUUACCAACUCAACUUAUUUUGAUAACAACUUCAAUAAACGUAAAUUUAACAACAUGAAAAAUUAUCAGGACAUUGGGAAACCUGUCGAUAAAAAGACUUGGUCCAUGAUACCCCCUACAGUAAACGCGUACUACUCGUCAACUGACAACAAAAUCGUGUUCCCUGCUGGUAUCCUUCAAGAUCCUUUCUAUGACCAAUCUCAUCCAAAAUCUCUUAACUACGGUGGCAUUGGAAUGGUUGUUGGCCACGAGAUAAGUCAUGGYUUUGAUGAUAAUGGUCGAAAAUUCAACAAGGACGGCAACCUGGUCAGGUGGUGGAGYAACACUUCCAUCGCAAAGUUUGAAGAACGAACAAAAUGCCUAGUCAAUCAGUAUGCGAAAUUCUCGUUCCAUGGCAAAAAUUUAAAUGGGCAACAGACAUUGGGAGAAAAUAUUGCCGAUAAUGGUGGUAUCAAGCAGGCGUUCCAGGCUUACCAACAAUGGAAAAAAGAUAAUGGUGAAGAGCCAGCGCUUCCUGGAGUAGACCUCAACCACGAUCAACUGUUCUUUUUAAGUUUUGCACAGAUCUGGUGCAGUGCGUUUAGGCCGAGUGGCGCUAUAAAUGCUAUAGAGAACGGUGUACACAGUCCAGGUCAAUUUAGGGUUAUAGGGUCGCUUUCCAACUCCAAUGAGUUCGCCGAAGCAUACAAAUGUAAAAAAGGCAGUAGAAUGAACCCCGAAAAGAAAUGUAAAGUUUGGUAAAACAACAAGUCAACAUCAACCAAUCCAUUGUAUGCAUUACUCUGGGGCUAUUUUAUAGUACCUACAUAGGUGCAUUAGGUAGAGACAAACUCCAUUUUUUACUUUGGUAUCGAAUACACAAGACUUUAGCUAAUGUCUGAUUCACACUUUUGCAAGGUUGGUCAAAGCUCGAUCAGUGCUGUCCCAGGCCGAUUAACGCGGGAUUAACACUAAUCGAGCUUGAACAAUCCACCUUUGAUAGYAAUUGCAAAACUKCUUUGUAGYAUUUUAUGGUAUCUUUAUAAUUGGUACAGUAGUUUGUAGAGCGCAUGCGCAUUGGGACAAAAAAUAGGUAGUGUCUUUGCCAUGUGGGAUAGGCUCAGAAACAUUAUCACAUUGAAUGGUAAAAACUACACGCCUCUUCCAGUAGUGAGGGUUUGUGCUACUUCUUGAAAUCCUUGAAAAGUCCUGGAAUUCAACCUGUUUUCAAGUUCGCUUGAAAAGCCCUUGAAAAUGGGGAAAAUUGCUAAAACUCCUGGAAAAYUCCUUGAAUCUGAUGAAAUUUAUGUGAAAGCAUCGACUGUCUUUCUUGGUCAUCUAUCAAAAUGGCGGCGUCUUUUUUGUUUUCAGUUUAUUUCUAAAUCAAUUUUUAUCAAUUUUCAUCGAUUAUAACCCGAGAAUUUCAUGGAUUUCAUGGUGGGUGGUGUGUCUUAGGUUGACUUCAGRUUAUUUGUUUUCUUUGCGAAUAUAGACGUCAAUUUGAUGAAAGGCAGACCAUUUUAAACUUAAAUUACAGUAGUUCUUUACCAAGUAGCUUCUCUUCCAAUUUG